UUCAAACACACGACCGCCAUUGGAAUAUAUGCGGCAACUUGUUUAUUUCCUAUUUCUUGUGUAUUUCUAAUACAACAAACUUGACAAUGGAGAGAAAGAAGAACGAAAAGGAGCUUUUGAAAUGCAGGAACCUUUUUGGAGGCACCUGCGGGCUAAAGAAUGCAGUGAAACUAUUUUCAAGUGUUUUUACUCAGCCGUAGUCUUUAAACUACAGUAUAUGCAGUGUGUUGUUGUUUAUUAGUUUUUACAAAAUUAAUUUCCAUACGAGAAGUGGACGGACUCUUUUAAACGUAUUUACGGUGGAGUAUUAAGCCAGACUCGAAGCGGCGACCUCAGCUGCUUACUACUCUGACUUUGUCGGAUACAUGUAGGCAGCACACGAGUCGAACGAAGGUGGACUCCUACCCAGUGGAGGUGCAAGAGAACCUGGGUGAGCUUAUGUUGGUGAAGCUGGAGAAGAAUAAACACUUGGUGCUGGAUGACUGGUACUGCAGGUACGUCUCCGUGAAGACCCCAGACGGAGAUAUUGUGGAGUUCCCCUGCUACCGAUGGCUGCUGGAUGGCAAGGAAGUGACGCUGCGAGAUGGACGAGCUUUCCUGCCUCAGGAUGAUAAGACAAGUCUGCUUAAGAAGCACAGGCAAAACGAGCUGGAAAUGAGGCGCAAAAUCUACAGAUGGAUGGAGUGGCAGCCGGGCUUUCCGAGGAGCAUAGAUGCAAACAGACAAAAGGAUUUGCCUCGAGACAUCCAGUUUGAGAGCGACAAAGAAGGGGAUUUUGCAUUGAACUAUGCAAAAGCAAUGGUGAACCUGUGUGUGAACGACUUCAUGAACUUGUUCCAGUCCUCGUGGAGCAGCUUGGCUGAAUUUGAGACAAUCUUUUGUACAAUCAAAAACCCAACUUCAGAGUAUGUGAUGGAGCACUGGAAGGACGAUUACAUUAUUAGCUAUCAAUUCCUGAACGGAUGCAAUCCCGGGAUGAUCCAAAAGUGCACCAAACUUCCUGACAAGUUUCCUGUUACCAAUGAGAUGGUUGCUGCCAGCCUCAAGAGGAAUUUGACUUUGGAACAGGAAGUAGAGGCAGGUAACAUCUUCAUAGUGGACUAUGAAGUGUUAGAUGGCAUCAAAGCCAACUGUACAGAUCCACAAACCCGACAGUACAUUACAGCUCCCAUCUGUCUUCUCUACAAGAACACACAGAACAAGAUCCUGCCCAUCGCCAUUCAGUUGGGUCAGACUCCAGGCGAAGACUGCCCCAUCUUCCUGCCCACAGAUGGCGAGUACGACUGGCUUCUGGCCAAGAUGUGGGUUCGCUCGUCAGACUUUCAGCACCACCAGACGGUCACACACCUGCUGAGAACACAUCUGAUCUCAGAGAUGUUUGCCAUCGCCAUGUUCAGGCAUCUCCCUGCAGUCCACCCUGUCUAUAAGUUACUCAUUCCUCACGUCCGUUUCACCAUCGCUAUCAACACCAAGGCAAGAGAGGCCCUCAUCUGUGACCAUGGUCUCUUCGAUAAGGCAAACGCCAUCGGGGGAGGAGGUCAUGUGCAGCUGAUUCAGAAGGUGAUAAAGACGCUGACCUUCCGGUCACUCUGCUUCCCUGACAUGAUCAAAGCUUGUGGAAUGGAUGACAAGAAUUUGCCAUCCUACUUCUACAGGGAUGACGGCUACCAGGUGUGGGAGGCCAUAAAGAGCUUUGUCUCCGAUGUGGUUAAUAUUUACUACACCAGUGAUGAGAACGUUCGGAUGGACCAGGAAAUCCAAGCCUUUGUUCAGGAUGUUUGCGACUUUGGUAUGAAGGACUUCAGUCACUGUGAAUUCCCCCGGUCCCUAAAGUCUUGCACGGAGCUGAUUGAGUACUUGACUGUCAUUGUGUUCGCUGCUUCAGCGCAACAUUCAGCGGUCAACUUUGGACAAUACAACUGGUAUUCCUGGAUCCCCAACGCGCCAUCAACCAUGCGACAGCCACCGCCCAAGCGGAAGGGUUUGUCCAACAUGACCCUGAUCAUGGACAGCCUCCCUGACAGAGGACGCUCCAGCUGGCACCUGGGGGCCAACUGGGCGCUCACACAGUACCAGGAGAGGGAGAUCUACUUGGGAUCUUACCCGGACCAGCACUUUACGGAGAAGCCGGUGAGGGCGGCCAUGGAGGAGUUCAGGAAGAAACUGGCAGACAUAAGCAGCGCCAUUAGGACGAGGAACGAGAAGGAGAUCUUGCCCUACGACCUCCUGUGCCCUGACAAAAUACCGAACAGUGUCGCUAUAUGAAGAGUGUUGUUCUUACAGUAUAGUUACCCAAGUAGGGGUGUCCCCUUACAACGGUUCCACUUCGAAUACCCAUAUUGGCUGAUACCCAUAUUGAUCAGCAGGACUCAUACAUACUUUUAUUAUUGUGUAGUGUGGCGGCCUAUGGUUAAGAAACACGUUAAGUCAAGUGAAAUUACUCAAGGAACAAUGGUAGGUAUGAAAAACUUAUUUACCAUUUACCGUCUGCAAUGGACCCCAUGCUGUCUUUAAAUUGAAGUGGGGUGGUAAUUUUUGGUCAACACCUCGUGGUCAUAUUAUUUUACUAAUUCAAGCGCAUGAUGCGGACACGUUUGUUACUGGGUACUUUGUACCAUAUUUUCCGGACUGUAAGGCGCACUUAAAGUCCUCUUCCCCCCUCAAAACUCGACAGUAUAACUGAAGAGUAGGCACCUAUUGUAAGGAAUAAGUUUGGUUGAGCUUACCCACCUCGAAGCAAUUUUAUUUGGUACAUGGUGUAAUAAGUGUGACCAGUAGAUGGCAGUCAAACAUAAGAGAUAAGUGUAGGCUGCACCGUUUGAUGUGCUUCAACAUACAAGUAUUACUAUCUGGUGUUUUGUUUCGCAAUAUUAUGCAAAAGCAACUUUUCUUACCUUCUGGUACCCGCUGAUCUGUAUUUGGGAUCUGCAUAAAUCCUGAAAAAUAGUGCCUUUGUAGUCCGUGGCGACACCGUAGUCGAUGAGCUUCUUAUUUUUCUCUAUCUUCUAGUUAUGGGACAUUCACCCUCCGCUAGUGCCAUUUCUAAUAUAAAGUAGUGUAAAGUGCUUACUUAUAUCUGUCAGUAAACUCGCCAUGAAAGCGCUAAAACAUACCGGUGUAGUGAGUUUACAUUAUCCACCCAAGGAACUUUAGUUAUUAGAGUCCUGAAGCGACUGUAAGAAAGCGGCUUGAAGAUGAUCUGUAAAACAUAAUCUAUUCAUUUAACCACCAUUACAUGUUAUGUAGACCACAAGGAAGUGUUUUCAAUUUAGAAAAAAAUAAUAAUAA